AUGGUCACCAAGGAGGCUUCUCGGUUGUGUGGAAUAAUUUUAGAGAAUGAUUUUGGUGUAGUAGUGUCUCGUGUAGGCCAAGUUGUACUGGAGUUUGGUAGACUGCCAUUGCCAUUGAUAGCGAGAUACACUUCAUUAAAACCAAAGCAAGUACGAGCAGCACUCUUGGUUCUCAUUCAGCAGAAUUGCAUGUGGCAUUGUCAAUCUGAUAACGAAGAAUUCUACGAAACUAACACAGACGAGAUACACGCUAGAGUUAGAUUCGGGAGGUACAUUGUCUACGCCGCAGAAAGCUUGAAAGAUAAGCUGGAGAGUAGAUGUGCUUCGGAAAUGAUCACAACUGUACUCCUCAACGGUAAAUUGCGUCCGCACGAUCUACUCGCAAGAAUAUCAACUGAAAUCAGCGACACAACGAAAAAGAGAGUUCUCGUUAAACUCGUCAGAUCAGCUGCACUUACUAAAUCAACCAAAAACAUGCACAUCAGUCCCAGAGACAAAACACUCAUAUAUGAAAAGGAGAUUAAGCAGAGUACCUUCACAAAGACUCACAUCCUUGGCCCUAAAGAUAUCAAAAUGAUCAAAGACCAGGCUGCUAGCAGGUUGUUCAGCGAGUUACAAGAGGAGCGUGGUGAUACAAUGCAGGAUGACGGUACACGCGCUGGUAUGAAGCGUAAGAAUAAAUCUGGAGACUCGGCUGAAGACUCCUACUCGAUCGACGAAAAUGCCUACUUCCGUGUUAACUACGAGUACUAUAACGUCAGACUGAGAAAUCGACUUAUCGCUGCUGAAGCAGCCAAGCGCUGGAAUGAUCAGUCUGGCAAAAUUGUGGAUGCAUUCUUGAGAGUUACCGAGGAAAACAAAAGAGACACUCACAAUAACGUUCACGAUCUACUAUCAGAGACUAUACCAAUCCACCAUGCAGCGAAAUACGCACCGAUGGAAAGCAUCCUCAAAAAGGGCAUAGUUUUGAGCAACAAAGAAGACAACCAUGUAAAGCUGAUUACUGAGUACUGUCAAAUCUUAUCAUCUCAAGAUUUCCCUGGACCGGCAGGAGCUUCGACCAGAUUUUUGCAAAAAGCAGGUACUAGUAAAGAAUACCAAGUUUGCUAUGAAACCGUUUGCGCUCGUAUCAAAAGAUCACUCGUCGACAGCUUAGUCAGAGAGCAAUUUGGAAACGAAGCAGCGCGUAUCAUCAACAUAGUCUUGGAGAAAGGCAAGCUCGAAGAGAAACAUAUCUCAACUCUUGGGCUGCUCUCGAUGAAAGAAACUAGAGAGACGAUCGGCAAAUUACAGACCAGCGGUUUACUUCAAUUGCAGGAAGUGCCUAAAUCUGCUGACCGAGCUGUGCAUCGUACAUUCUACCUAUGGUAUGUUGAUCUUCCCAAAGCCUAUUUGGCUUUGUCUGCUAAGCUGUACAAGACUAUAGCCAAUUUGAUAGAGAGAAAGCGACGCGAAAGAAGCAUCAGAGCAGAUGUGCUUGCAAGAGCCGACAGGAGAGACGUUAGGGAAGACGCGUCUCUUCUGGCCAAAUCUGAUCAAGAUAGAUUGGCAGAACUCAAACACAUCAUUGAAAUGCUUGAUGUUGCAAUUCUCAGAUCUGAUGUCGCAACCUUUGUUCUCAAGGACUUGCCAGGCGGUCCUACUUCCCAAUUUAGUCUCGGGGAGUAA